CAGUCUGUCUAUGUAGGCCGUCGUGGAUCCUGACUGCCUUUCUCUUGUGAGUACGCGCGUACUGAAGUGUGUAUUUAUCUACCUCUAUCAUAACAAACAUCAUCAAGUAUUCUAAUAACAUCUAGUCUUCGAUAUCAAAACAUGAAACAAGCGAGCAUCUUGAAGAGGAUAUCAGGAACGUUGCAGCAAGUGGCAAGGUUGAACCAAGUGCAAGUUCGCACAAAGUCGUCAGCUGUGGAGGACCUCUCACUGACUGAUGAGUUCACCAGUGCUAGACCUUACGAGGAGAUGCCCGGCCCUGCGCCACUGCCGCUGCUGGGCAACAACUGGCGAUUCAUGCCCUUCAUAGGUAACUACAGUAUCGAGCAUAUAGACCAGGUGUGCCAACAGUUACACAGACAGUACGGUCGUAUAGUCAAGUUGGCAGGACUGCUUGGCCGGCCAGACAUGGUGUUCCUGUUUGACGCAGACGACAUAGAGCGAGUGUUCCGCAGUGAGGAACUGAUGCCUCACAGACCGUCCAUGCCUUCCCUCAACUACUACAAACAUGUCCUGCGCAAGGACUUCUUUGGUGAAGACGCUGGGGUGAUAGCUGUGCAUGGAGAACAGUGGUACAGGUUCCGUACCAGAGUACAGCAGCCAAUGUUGCAACCAAGAACAGCAAAGCUCUAUGUAACUCCUAUCGAACAGACCGCUCAAGCAUUCAUUGACAGGAUUCGAACGAUAAGAGAUUCAUCCAUGGAAAUGCCUGAUGAUUUUUUAAAUGAGAUUCACAAAUGGUCAUUAGAAUCCAUAGCUCAAGUGGCUCUAGACACCCGACUAGGCUGCCUUGACGAUUGUUCACCCGAGACUCAGUCUCUCAUAGACGCAGUCAACACAUUCUUCCACAAUGUCGGUGUGUUGGAACUCAAGGUCCCGUUCUGGCGACUAUUCAACACUCCCACCUGGCGCAAGUACAUUGGAGCUCUUGACACUAUAACCAGUAUCACAAUGAAACACAUCUCCGCAGCACUAGAGAGGUUGCAGCAAGGCAAGGGUGGGGAGUGCACAGCACAGUCAUCAUUACUAGAGAGAGUGUUGACCCAGGAACCUGUCAACCCUCGACUGGCUUGUAUUCUGGCAAUGGACAUGUUCCUGGUGGGCAUUGACACGACUUCAGCAGCAGUGGCAUCCAUAUUGUACCAGCUGAGUCAACACCCAGAAAAGCAGGAGAUUCUGCACAAUGAGGUGAGCCAAGUGCUGACAUCUGGGGAGCCUCUCACCUCACAACGUCUGGACCAGAUGUCUUACCUGCGAGCUGUCAUCAAGGAAACUCUUAGAAUGUAUCCAGUAGUGAUCGGCAAUGGUAGAUGCAUGACCAAAGACUCUGUCAUUGCUGGCUAUCAAAUACCAAAAGGGACCCAAAUAGUUUUCCAACACUAUGUGAUCAGCAAUUCUGAGGAAUAUUUUUCUGAGCCACACAAGUUUAUCCCUGAGAGAUGGUUGAAGUGUAGCAGGGAGCAACAUCACCCAUUUGCAUCGCUGCCCUUCGGCUACGGUCGUAGGAUGUGCCUCGGCAGACGCUUUGCAGAGUUGGAGAUACAAACUCUGGUUGCUAAGAUGGUUCAAGCAUUCAAGAUGGAAUAUCACUAUGACAAGCUAAGCUACAGCAUACAUCCAAUGUACAUGCCUGAUGGACCUCUCAGAUUCAAGAUGGUGGAUCGUUAAUCAUUCUGUGAUAAAUUUUAGUUUAUAUUAAGUCAAAUUGUACCAAUACGUAGAAAAAUUAUUGAAUCUAUUUGUAUAUUGUUAUAAAGUAUACUUUUACAUAAUAUAAUACGAUAAAUGUCAUUUGACAACAAAAUUGUUUUCAUAAUCAAUAAAUUCUUGCCAAAGUAUAA